AUGACCAUUGUCCUUAUCUGGAUCACGUCCGGCACUCUGUUUUAUUCCUAUUGCAACAAGUGGCCUCUCCCCCAAUCGUUUUUUUAUGCCGUCGAUGCUGGAAUGUCCAUUGGAUUCUGUACCGAUGUCAAAGAAACACUCCUCAUUUCCAAGGCAUUCACAAUCUUCUACAUUCUUCUGGGGGCAUCCAUUGUGGGAGGAGCUCUGGCACUCUUUAUUCAAGAUGCCAUGGAAAACAUUUCUGAGCCUGCCGUACAGGAGUACCAACUCUUGUUGGCCAGGGAAACCUUUGACAAGGCGGAUGUUGGUGACGAUGGCGUCCUGAGUCGGGAUGAAUUUACCGCACUGAUUCGGCAAGGUAUGCCACAAAUUACAGAGGAAGGCAUAGGUCGACUAUGGAACAAGUUCGAUCGUCUCAAAGACGGUGUCAUUCACUUUGAGGAGUUUGUUGGCUGCUACCGAGGCAUUGAUCGACUAGUCAAGGUCGUGCAAAGAGAGAAUAUUCAAAAUUCUAAAGAUAUCCAUCCACUCAAAAAGCUGAAAUUCUACAUUGGCUUUCGAUUGCAGCAGUUGUGGGCAUUGGAGCAUCGCAUUUAUGUCGUAUUUGUCCUUUGGGUUGGUGGCGGAAUCGCCUGGGGCAUUUUGGAUCAGCACUGGGAUCCCAUUACAGCAACUCAUUUUGCGGUCAGCGCCCUUGCCACUGGAGGCCUGACCGGUCCUGAUGUCAACGCGGAAGGCAUUCUGCCAACAGACCCUGCCAUUUUUUGUGGCGUAUUUUGUUUGUUUGGAAUACCUCUCUUUGCUUUGACGCUAGGUCAUUUUGCUCAGGUCUUGGUGGCGGGGCACGUAAAAGCCAUGGAAACCACUGCACUCACAAGGCCGUUAUCAGAGGCUGAGUUCGACCUGGCCAAGCACUUGACAACCCCCAAAGAUUCACUUAUUCAUUUGAGUGAUUUCAUUGUAUUGCAGCUGCUGAGACAAGGCCGGCUGUCGUUGAGUGCGGUGGAGGUGUUGAGGCACAACUUUGAUCUGCUCGAUAGAGAUAGAACUGGAACAUUGACUUUGGAAGAGGCGACGGCCCCGAUAGUGCCAAAGCGAUAG